AUGACCGCGGCCGACCCGACCUACCCCCUUUACCCAUUUGCCUGCGUCUUGGGUGCGACAGUGUUGCUCUUCGUGCUGCUGACGAGCUUUGUCCGACAGAGCUGGAACCUUGGCGUCGCAUUCUUGUGUUUCUGGCUCUUCUGGGAAAAUGUUACAUUGGCAAUCAAUGCUGUCGCCUGGGCUGACAACGGCGACAUCAAGAUGCACGUGUACUGCGAUAUCGUGACGCACGUGCAGUUGCUAACUUCAAUCGUCAAACCUAUGGCCACCCUCAUUAUCACCCGCCGACUAUACCUGAUCACCAGCCUAAGUUCUGUAGAACCUCCUACCAACGCGGGGAAACGCGGCGAUCUCGCAGCCGAGUGGAUACUCGGCUUGGGAAUACCUGUUCUCGUUGCGGGGCCUUUGUACUACGUGGUUCAAUGGUUUCGAUUUGAGGUCAUCGAAGGUUUUGGCUGCACCAACUCUAUCGAUGGCUCGAUACUCAGCAUCUUGCUCAUGCAACCGUGGGCGGUGAUCCCUCCCCUGGUGUCCGUCACCUUCUACUAUCCUCAUAUCGUCAGGGUAUUCUAUCGCCACAGUCGGGAUAUCAAUGACUUUUGUCAGAGUGAUGACUCAGUAGCCCGCACGAACUAUAUGCGCAUACUUGCCCUGGCAAGCAUCGACGUACUGUUCACCUUACCCAUAGGCGCUGUGACAAUCGUCUUGAGCGUGAAAGACGCACUGUCUUUCGGUCCCGUUCCAUUCUACUACGGCUGGGCUUUCGACCACUCGGACUGGCAACCGGAGAGCAUAUCCUAUGCCAGAUUAGUGUCCGAAGGAACCGCCGAUACAGCGGCGUUCUACUUCAACCAAUGGUCAUCGCCUGUUCUCGCAUUCGCCAUCUUUGCUCUCUUUGGCGUCACAUCAGAGGCUCGCGCAUCGUACUGGCAGCUCAUUGGUACCAUUGGCAGACGGUUCGGCUGGAAUCCGACACCUCGCACACGCAAGGCACUACCGUCACUGGGAGACAUGGAGUUUGGUGAGCGACCCACUCGGAGCGCUGUGUCGUUGAGCCUCGAGUCGAACCCGAGCUUCAUCAAUACCAACGCUUGCGCGAGGGAUCAGGCCGUAGACAUCGUAAACAGGGAUGGGAACGACAUCAAGACAGGCUCGGAGAAGGACGCGAUUGUAGAAGGAUGCAAAGCCACUCACGAAGCAACGCAAGCGGACGAAGAUGAGCCGGGGCGGCGUCGUGGGUCUUAUCAAGUUGACUUGGGCGACGCUUCGGCCAUAGUAUAA